AUGAGCGUUGGAAAAGGAAAGCCGUCAAAUAACAACGAUGUGCGGCGUUGGGAUUUCAGCUUGGUGCUGAUGCUUGGAUAUGUCUCAUUGGUCCCGUAUUCCUUAGUGGUGUCAAACGUUCAGCGAAAGAGCCGCAGCAGUGCAAAGGAGAAUGGCAAGACGGCCCAAAACCGUAAACCAUGUCUCUUUCAAGGCAAAAGGAAAUCAACGCCAUUCUCGGAUACGGAGAUCUCGUACAGUGACAAUGACAAUAAGCGCUUCCAGUACUAUCCGUGGUUUUCCUCUUUGUGCGUCCAUGGCCUCCAUUUGAAUUGCUCCGCCAUGGCCCAAAUCUUUCUUGAUGGGCUUCCUCAAGUCAACUUCGAAACCUUACCAUCGAAAAGCAGAUGCAUGAUUUGCCUGGAGGUGUAUGGAACCAAUCUAGAGCAUGAUGGUGCUGUGGAAGUCGUGGUUUGCCUGCCCUGUGGUCACCACGUCGGCGCUCAGUGUAUUCGAAUAUGGUUAUCUCCCAAUGAAGAGGCCAGAAACUCAUGCCCAGCUUGCAGAAGGGCAUUCUUCCCAGCCCAACCUCGGCCAUAUAUGGAGCAUGGAACAAUUGAGCAGGAGGAAGAUGACUUGGAGGACGAAGAAGAUGACUGGCAUGGACCCAGCGGCAGAACGAAUCAUCCCCGUAGAGCGAAUCUAGGCGUCUUCUUCCUGGAUGUUCUGCGCAUGGUUGGGGAAGCUGGCCAACCUCCACGACCAGGGCAAGAAGUGCCGCAAAUGGAGGCGAUGGAGGAGUAUGCGCAAGACCGAGUACGGGGUUGGUGGCCUGAGUUCUUUCAGACUACCACCGAACAGUACCAAGAAAGUAUUCGACGUGCCAGGGCGGUCAUCACAACACCCAGAGUACCGCCUCCAGGAGCGAGCGUGAGUCAUUGGUCACCAUACCCCUACUUACAACUCAGCGGAUCUGAGCCAAUCAACCCCGAGGAAGGAGACCCUCAGCAUCUGGAUAAGGUUGUUCAGGCUUUAGCGACCGCCUUUCGGACACUGUCUUUCAGGGAGACCAUAGUAUACUCGAUUCUCCGGGAUUCCGGUGCUCGUGCUCGAUUUCCGUCAUCAUCGGAGGAUCUGCUCCAGCCGCUCAGCGCCGAGCAAGAGGAGGCGCUCUUCCGAGAGAUGGAGAGAAGAGGAGCUUUGGGGAUGGACUUUGGGCGUGAGUAUAGUGGCUUGAAUAACAGCCAGAGAUGGCAGGUGCAUCGUGAGGAUGGAGAGACGUGGAAUCCUUAUAGCGGGUUGUGGUCCCCGGAUUGGAGUGAGUGA